CUGCAACACCGGCCUGGAAUCCGGGCGUUACGACGAGAGCUCCAGGGCUUCGCCGAGAGUCGGCGCGGAGGGUCUCGGUCUCUAUAAAACCAGCCAGUCCCAGCGCGAGAGUCCCAGCGAGAGUGCCGGAGACGCGCUGCUAUGACCACCCGCAUCGCUCCCGGCGUGGGAGCCAACCUUCUCGGCCAGCACGCCGCCGAGAGAAACCAAGACGCCACCACCUACGUCGGCAAUCUCGACCCCCAGGUUACUGAGGAGCUACUGUGGGAAUUAUUUGUCCAGGCAGGUCCUGUUGUUAAUGUCUAUGUUCCAAAAGAUAGAGUUACAAAUCUUCAUCAAGGAUAUGGAUUCGUGGAGUUUCGGAGUGAAGAAGAUGCAGAUUAUGCUAUCAAGAUUUUGAACAUGAUCAAACUAUAUGGAAAGCCAAUACGUGUAAAUAAGGCUUCCCAAGACAAGAAAAGCUUGGACGUGGGAGCAAACCUUUUUAUUGGUAAUCUUGACCCGGAUGUAGACGAGAAACUUCUUUAUGAUACUUUCAGUGCAUUCGGAGUUAUUGUGACUAAUCCUAAGAUAAUGCGGGAUCCUGAAACUGGAAAUUCACGAGGUUUUGGCUUUAUUAGCUAUGAUUCUUUUGAGACAUCUGAUGCAGCAAUAGAGGCUAUGAAUGGUCAAUACCUUUGUAACCGGCAAAUUACGGUUUCCUAUGCAUAUAAAAAAGACACUAAAGGAGAACGUCAUGGCACUCCAGCAGAGCGAAUUCUAGCUUCAAGCAACCCAGCAGCUCAGAAGAACCGGCCACACACCCUAUUUGCAAGUGGCCCACCAACGCUCCCCAAUGGUCCUCAGGCGAACGGUCCUGCUGGCGCACCAAUUCCUCCGCGACCUUAUGCCAAUGGUGCGAUGCCACCAGUUCGGCCUCCACCACCGAUGGGCCAGUUUCCGCCCCCGCUGCAGAUGGCAGGGCCUCCAUCAUGGCCUGGCCAACCACAACCACCCAGCCAGCCCAUUCCACCACCCAGCAUGCCGCCGCCGCAGCUCCAGCAGUUCAGGCCUCCGAUGCAACCUCCACCUACAGGCAUGAUGAGGCUGCCGCCACCGCCGCCGCCUUCUUCUGGGGUAGGUGUGCCACCGCCAGCUAUGUGGAGGCCACCCCCACCACCUCAACAGUUUGGUGCAAGACUGACGAUGCCCAUGCUUCAGAUGUCCAUGCCGCCACCGCCGCCACCAAAUGCUUCAGCCCCUGGUGCUCCAAAUUCUACAGGAUGAGUUGCCGGAAGCACAGGCUAAGGAAAUUGGUAUGGAUGAUUAUGCGCAUUUGGGCUUUUGGAAUGUUACGGGGCUAAACUAAUGAAAGUAUUGUACAACUGAAAUAUGAGGGAGAGCCUGCUGAACAAAGAGGUAUAAAGUGUGAUGAGAAUUUUUUUGGCUUGUGUCUGUGUCAAGAUCUAUCAUCCUCGGAUAAGGUGAUGCGACAGUAUGAUGUAGAUUCGAGGGUCACUCACGCUAUUUAAGAAAAAAAAAGAACUUGGUUUUGAAUUCA